AGAGAGAGAGAGAGCGCAGCGCAGAUACCGGCUUGACUGUGCUACUGAGGCAUUUCUUCAUGUUAUCUGAGAAAUGUUCCUGUUGAAGGGAAACUGUUCAUCUUGUGUUUGCUAUAGAGAAGCACGGUUCAUCCCGAUGCGCCUGCAGGGAUUUCGGCUCAUUAACUGACCAAAGGCUCUGGCAUUUCUGACACUCACCCCCCCUACCCCCCAAUUCCCAUCUCUGGAACCUCCCCCACAUUGCCCUCUGACUCACCUGAGAGAAGACGGCAGAAGACCUGCAGAUCCCUCCCCUCAGAAUACUGCUCAUUCACCUGGAGAGAGAGGACAUACGAGAUACAGGAUGGACAACAGCUAUGCUCUCGCUUACUCUGCACUGGCUGCUUGACUCACUUCUGGUUUGGAAGAGAGACGCUGAGAGGAGCACGGAGAAGAACUUGUGCUCUCCUGGAUUAGAAUUCAAAGAGAGCUGAUCCUUAUCGUAGGAGCGAGGCUUUCAGGAUGAUCUUGGGAAGCAUCAACCGAACUGGGGGUGUCCCUACAUUUCUGCGGACCCCCACCGUCAUCCAGCCUCAUCUGGAUAUGAAGCCCUUCCUACAGUUUCAAAUGGAGACCAAUCCUCCACACAGCGUUGGGCUUUUCCACAACUUCAACGCGAUGGAUCCUGUUCAGAAGGCAGUGAUCAACCACACCUUUGGAGUCCCACUGGUGAAGACCAAACGGCCAAUCAUUUCCUGCAAUGUCUGCCAGAUCCGUUUCAACUCUGAGAGUCAGGCAGAAGCCCACUACAAGGGGAACCGUCAUGCUAGGAGAGUCAAAGGCAUCGAGACCUCAAAGAGCCGACCACAAGAGAGUGACAAACCUCCUCCCGGGCCCGUCUCGUCCCCCUCACCUACGGGACCCUUGCUGGCUGUCUCAGACACUGAGCUCAACAAAACAGAUGAGACGCGGCCAGCGCCACAGUUAAACGGACCCGCGGUGGCCUCGGGGCCCGUGGCCAUUUCUGCUCCCCCUACCCCAGAAUCCCCCGGUCCUUCUGCAUGUCCCCUUCUGUCCACCCCUGCUAACCCUCAACCACCCCCAGCCACCUCCUCAUCCCCCGGCUGUGGCUCUUCUAACCCAGAGCAGGCUGGCACUGGGGCCCCAUCAGUCACUCCCAGCAACCCUGAGACCGAAGAGGACAAAGCCAAGAAGCUGCUUUACUGCUCACUGUGCAAAGUGGCCGUCAAUUCGCUCUCCCAGUUGGAGGCCCACAAUAAAGGCACUAAACACAAAACCAUUCUGGAAGCCCGCAGCGGACUGGGCCCCAUUAAGGCAUACCCUCGCUUGGGUCCGAAGCCCAGCGGGGAGCAGGGAGGCGGGGCCUCAGACCCCAAUACUCAGGAACGCACCUUCCACUGUGAGAUCUGCAAUGUGCGGGUCAACUCAGAACUACAGCUCAAACAGCACAUAUCAAGUCGACGGCACCGGGACGGAGUGGCAGGAAAGCCAAACCCCCUCCUGAGCCGACACAAGAAGCACAGGGGAGCUGACCUUGCUGAUCUCACCAAAGCAUUAGGCGCCGGCCUCCUGCCGAGUCCUCUGGCCGUUGCUGCGGCAAUGGCAGCGGCCGCCUCCAACAAUCAACUGGCUCUCCGCGCAGCAGCCCCCACCCAUCCGCAUCAUCACCUGCUGCAGGGUCCGCCCCUCAGUCACGCCAUCUUGAGACCAGCUCCGGGGCCCAUACGCACCUCACACGGUCCGAUCCUGUUCUCGCCGUACUGACUCCGCCCUCACCCCCCUUAGCCAAUCACAGCCAGUCCGGAGCCUCACCUCCAAAAGCACACUGUGACGACGAAAAAAAAAAAUAGCGAAACAUCACAGAAAUGACUAGAAUCGGCUCAUCAACAACAACUUCAAUCAUCAAACCAAGCAGAAGGGUCGCAAAGUGGGAGCAAUCACGAAGCAAAGUGCAACUGGCGUUCCAACUCUCUUUUCACCACCCUUAACUGCCUCCUCCAUCUCCGUUCGUUUGAUUUGAGAGAUUUAUUUGUUGGUGGAUGAAUGGACAAAUGCAGGGAUUGUUGGAAUAGAGCAAUAUUGUAUGUAUCUGACAUCCUUGUUCCUUCCCUCUAUUUAUAACUCAUACUGUGAGGUAGCAGAAGUCACAUCGUAGCCAGACAUGCUGGAAUGAGUUAGGCAACUAUCUAGAGACCCCCGAAACACACAAAGACUACAGUUAAAUGUUUCUGUUGUUCUGAAUAAAUGCACCCUCAACCCCUAUGCACCUUGAGAAACAGACAAAAACCACGUUACAUCAGUACGCUUCUCGUAGUAUUCAACUUGUCCUGUCUGGCUUUGGCAUCUUUGCAAGAGAAAAACACCACAAUCUCUGUCGCAGUUCCACCAUGUCAAGACUCACAGCAGGGGAUUGUGGGGAAGGUCUAAGGAUGUUCGACUCUUUCCGAAUGCUGGUUCGAAAUGAGCUUUAGAAGCUGACUUCAUAGUCGCAUCUCUCUAGGGAAACAGAGAGAUGCAGAAGAGACACUCGAGAUCAUUCUCUUUUGUGUCGCUUUUACAUCCGUUAGCGCUAGGAGCGGUUGACUGAAAAACCCCAGACCUCGGUCUAGAUCUUAGAAAAUCAGUAGAUGUCUAUUUAUUCUAUUGAGUAGUGUAGCAUAGUGUAGUUCAGAACAUCCAAGCUGGUUGACUUAGGAAAAAUAUUCAGAAGUGAAAUAUGUGCGUAGAGAAUGAUGUGGUAGAUGAUGAAUAUAGAUGGACGGGUCCUUUGAUUCUCAGAGAAAGGCAGCAGAUCUAAGCACACACUUGGACAGUACAUGCAGGCUCCUCUGUUCAUUUUGUCUCUGUUCGGUGGACAUUAUGCAACCCCUAGCAAUACGCCCCCCUUCUCCUGCAUCCCCGGCAAAGACUGUCACCGCAGGUCAGCCACUCCACUGGAACCCCGAGAGAGUCUUGAAAAAUGAAGACGCAGAGGAGGUCACUAAAGGACACGACUGUGCAAUCUCUCCUUUUUUUUGGUAUGAACUUCCUGUCUUGAAUCUAAAGCCAUGCAAUGCAUAUGAUUUCGUUUUUUAUUAUGAUCAAUCGUUUUGAUGUUGUUGUUUUUUUGGGUUUGUUUUCAUAGUACACUGUUACGUUGAACAAAUAUUGUUGUGGAAAUCAUUGAACAAAAGGAGAAAAAAAAACGAGAAUAUUUUUCUAUGGAAGAUCGAAAACCUGCACUUGGAUGGGAUCGUAAUGCGGCCUAGAAAGCGUAUUUGGAGGUGAAGUAUGAAUACAGAUAAACAUCAAAUCUGUCGUGUAGGUGGAACUACGCGGCAGUCUUCCAUUGAUAAGCAAAGUGUGACGAUGUCUUACUGUUGUUUGGAUAUUGCAAUGCAAUAAUCAAUUGAAUUAUGUCAUUUGUUGUAGAAGAUCCUUUAUAAAUGGUUCUGUACGGCUGCUAAUAGGCCUCCAUGUUCUUCCACAGAGAUAAAUUAGCCUAAGAAAGUAAUAAAACUUAAAAGUAAGAAACGGGCACCCAGAGGGACGGGUCCUUCAUAUUAAAGGGUCUUUUCUCAUCUCUGAGUGGGGGGACAGGGUAUAUCUGAACGCAAACAAUAUGUAGUCAGCCAUAGCCUUUGCGUAUGUAGCUUAGUUCGACUUUUUGUUUCUUCGUGGCAUUGUUUGCAUUGUGUGGGAAGCGUCAUGAUAAUGCCAUUACUUCAUGCUAACUGUGGUUAGCGUCCACCAUUGUGCUUUGAUGAAACUUUACCUCUCUUUCUCAUUAGUUAUCGGGGCACUAGUAUAUGGUAUAGUUUCAUGUCGGUGUGUAUCGUGUAGUGUCGUGUGCGUACGGAUAGAAUUUGAUGGGCAGAACCUGCCUUAAAGGGAUAGUUCACUAAAAGGUUAAACUAAUGUUGUCAUUUACUCACCCUUCAUGUAAUUUCAAACCCAUAUGCUGCUAUUUUUUUAGAGGAAAACAAAAGGAGGUAUGUAUGAAGUAUCAAAGUACAGCAACAGUUUAUAGCGACCAUGUCAAAAACAAAGUGUUGAGAAAUAGUGUAUGACUCUUGUAUGGAGUCUUUUGUAGAGAUAAAUGCAAUAACCGUCUUUCUGCAAAUUUACCAUUGAAAUUUACGCCACCUACUGUCAGAGAGUAACUUUGCAUUUUAAUUCAGCCUGUCUGCCUUUUUUUUGUUCAAACCAAUUAUAUAAAUACCAAAGCAACAUUGCCACCUAAACAAAAAUGUACUUCUAUUGUAAUUUCAAAUUUUCCAAAACUAUAUAAAUCGCAGAUUCCAAGAAUUUUGACCAUGCAAACGCAGUCAUGAUAUAUAUACCUGUAUAUAUAUAUAUAUAUAUAUAUAGUGUUGUAUGGGACAGCUUGUGGGUUUGGACCAACAUGAGGGUGAUUAAAUAACGAAAGUGUUUUAAUUUUGGGGUGAUCUAUUCCUUUAAACUGCACAUCUACAAUCAGCUGUUUCUAUCCCAAACUUAAUUAUUAAAACAAUCAGUGGACGGAGUAUUCGGCUGAUUUCAGAUGAGCAUUUUGUGGUAACACUAUGCGCACUGACACAUGCUGUAGUUUGAAACCAGGUGUCCUGUGCCCCAUUGAAACCAUGUGAGGUGAUAAAGCCAUCACAGCUAACACACUCCACAGGCUUGAGACAGACUCGCUUAGUCCCAUCCGUCAACACUGUAAAGACCAUGUUCAUCCUGUAGUCAGAACUGUCAUCACUGUACAGAAUUGUCUUUGGUAGAUUUAUUCAACCUUUCAGGGCAGGUGUAAUGUUAGUUGGUGAAGUCUAUUUUAGCCUUAGCCUUAUUCUACCCCAGGCCUCUCCAGGAGCAGACGCGGACGGAGAAGCUUCGGUCAAACCUCGUCUUGCCAAUAAAGUUAUUUUUGAAUUAAAUUGUCCGAUGGGAAAACAGUAUGUGUGAUGGAACGUAGCAAUAUUCAACUCAUACUGGCUACUCUUGUUUAUUGCAAUAAGGAAAUCAACCAAUAGAUGCAUAUGUGAGUACAAUAAUAUAGAUGUAAUUUAAAUCAAACACAGAAAAUUAUGGAAAUACUUGGUAUCAGAGAAACUUGGAGUUACCACAGGAAAAAAAGAAGAAAAAAAUCAAUGUCUAUAAAUCAAUAAAGAAUAUUAAAACUCA